CCCAGCCUACUCUAUCAGAGUGAAACAACAGCUCCCUCCCUCACAGUGUGAUCUGGGGUCCAGCAGGAGAGGCAGAAAUGGCUGCCGGAGAGGGAGCGCUGAGACACGGGCUCUGAUGCUGGCAGUGUUAUCACUGUGAAAAAAUAGUGCUAUUACAGAAACAGAAGCCAGCACAUACGGCACUACACAAGUCUGAGCCAUCAUGUCCAAAAGCAAGAGCUCAGAGGCGGUGAAGGUCGUGGUGCGUUGUCGCCCCAUGAACGAAAAGGAGCGUGCUGCCAACUUUGAGAGGGUGGUCUCUGUGGACGUAAAGCUAGGCCAGGUCGCUGUACGUAAUCCCAAAGGUGCUUCCUCCCACGAGCACCCCAAAGUGUUCACCUUUGACUCGGUCUAUGACUGGAAUUCAAAGCAGAUUGACCUCUAUGACGAAACAUUCAGGCCUCUAGUGGACUCUGUUUUGCUGGGCUUUAAUGGCACCAUCUUUGCUUACGGACAGACUGGCACUGGGAAGACAUACACUAUGGAAGGUGUGCGCAACGACCCUGAAAGGAGAGGAGUCAUCCCCAAUUCUUUUGAACACAUUUUCACACACAUCUCUCGCUCACAGAACCAACAGUACCUGGUCAGGGCAUCUUAUUUGGAGAUCUACCAAGAAGAGAUUAGGGACCUGUUAUCCAAAGACCAGUCACGUCGCUUGGAGUUGAAGGAACGGCCUGACACAGGUGUUUACGUCAAAGAUCUUUCUUCGUUUGUCACUAAAAGUGUUCGAGAGAUCGAGCAUGUUAUGAAUGUAGGUAACCAGAACCGCUCGGUUGGGGCUACCAACAUGAACGAGCACAGUUCUCGAUCUCAUGCCAUAUUUGUCAUCACUAUCGAGUGCAGUGAGCUCGGACCAGACGGGGAGAAUCACAUUCGUGUGGGAAAACUCAACUUGGUUGACCUGGCUGGAAGUGAGAGGCAGACCAAGACAGGAGCUCAGGGUGAACGGUUAAAGGAGGCAACUAAGAUCAACCUUUCCCUCUCUGCUUUGGGUAAUGUUAUUUCUGCACUAGUGGAUGGAAGAAGUACCCACAUUCCAUACCGAGACUCUAAACUCACUCGACUGCUGCAGGACUCCCUUGGAGGUAAUGCCAGAACAGUCAUGGUGGCCAACAUCGGACCAGCCUCCUACAAUGUAGAGGAAACACUUACUACAUUGCGGUACUCCAAUCGCGCCAAAAACAUCAAGAACAAACCCCGUAUUAACGAAGACCCGAAAGACGCCCUUCUGCGGGAGUUCCAGGAGGAGAUUGCCCGCCUGAAGGAACAGCUGGAGAAACGCUCUGGGAAGAAGAAGAGGAAAAGGAGGAGGAGAAGGGUUGGCGAGGAAGGAGAAGAACUGGAUGAUGAUGUGGAGGAGGGUGAUGACGAUGAUGAAGACGAUGAAGAAGAAGAUGUGGUAGAUGGGGAUAAGAACAUCACAGAUUAUUGGCGUGAGCAGCAGGAGAAGCUGGAGAGGGAGAGGAAGGCCAUCAUGGAGGACCACAGCCUGGUGGCAGAGGAGAAACAGCGACUGCUCAGGGAAAAAGAGAGAAAGAUGGAUGAUUUGCGCCGAGAAAAAGAAGCAUCAGAAAUGCUCUCGGCCAAAGUCAAGGCUAUGGAGAGCAAGCUGCUGGUUGGAGGAAAGAACAUUGUUGACCACACUAAUGAGCAGCAGAGGAUUCUGGAGCUGAAGAGGCAAGAGAUAGCAGAACAGAAAAGACGUGAGCGGGAGAUGCAGCAGGAGAUGGACUGUCGUGAUGAAGAGACACUUGAGCUGAAGGAGACGUACAGCUCUCUUCAACAAGAAGUCGACAUUAAGACCAAGAAGCUGAAAAAGCUCUUCGCUAAGCUACAAGCUGUGAAGGCAGAGAUUCAUGAUGUCCAGGAGGACCACAUAAAGGAAAGACAGGAGCUGGAGCAGACGCAGAACGAACUGACCCGAGAACUGAAACUAAAGCAUUUAAUCAUCGAAAACUUUAUUCCACUGGAGGAGAAGAAUAAGAUCGUCAUGAGGGCCACCUUCGACGAGGAGGAUGACAACUGGAAGAUGAGACCCAUUACUCGCAUUCAAGACGAUCAGCAGAUGAUGACGAGGCCGGUAUCUGCAGUAGGCUACAGGAGGCCACUGAGUCAGCAUGCCCGCAUGUCCAUGAUGAUGCGGCCUGAUGCCAGAUACAGGGCCGAGAAUAUCUUGAUGCUGGAGCUGGACCUGCCCUCCCGCACCACUAAAGAGUAUGAGGAACCUGUGAUCGCUCCUAAGGUGGCAGCAGCAUUAGAAGAUGCUCUGAGAGAAGAGGAUGAGAUCCAGGUAGACGCCUCUGGCCUCUAUACUGGCUUGGCCUCCAGUCCAGGUUUGGGCCUUGGCGCUGCAGUUGGGGGCUUCUCCAAGAAGCCAAAGUCAGGCCAUCCCAAAACAGGCAAGAAGGUGAGCACCCCCACUUCAGCCCACAGCCCCUCGUCCACCUCGGGAUCCCCUUUGUACCCACAGUCUCGUGGCCUUGUGCCUAAAUGACACCUCCUACUAAUCCCCACUCCACGUCAAGUCCCUUAAUUCUCCUGGACAGGUACAAACAAACUCUGCGACUCUGCCACAGAUGAACAGAUGAGCCUAACGAAGAUGUAAAUAUCUGUCUGGAAGUUCCGGAAGAUGAGAGGAAAGUGAGAGGAAAUGCUAUACUUUUCUCUCCUUGUCUGAUUCUAGUAUGAGACCAGUUCCAUAAUGCUGGUGGACGCGAUUAGGACCACUUUCGUUGUGAUGCACAAACAUGCCGCUUGCUGGUUUAAAACACUUAAAAGAAAAGACACUAAACGAAACAACAAACAGCAGAAGCUUUCCUGAGUUCAACUGACAAAGGAGCGGAUUGUGUUUGUGUGGGACUAACUUGUCUUUAGAUGUAAGUAGCUGUUUCAUUCAGAGCACAAUAUAAGUUACAUUUAUUUAAUUUUAAUGCAUAGUCUUAUUAAUUAGCUGAGAACAUCCACGUUCUUGGUGUACUGUGGCACGGAGUUUGAAUUCCAUGGCUUAGGCCUUUACUUGAGCUAUAGCUGCAGGUUUCGGAUUUGUGCGUUUGUGCUGUUUACAUGUGUGUGAGAGAGAGUUAAAGACCACAGUUAAACCUGGGUUGGCAAUACAUCGAUAUGUUAAUGGGUCACACUGUGUGGUGGUAUGUGUGGUUGUAGGUGCGAAUGCUCACAGAUGUUAGGUCAUAUAUAGUUAUGUUUUUUUUUAUAUAUAUAUAAUUGUAGGAUUUAACAAAUUAAAACUUGUAAAAACUCUCUCACAUAAAGAAGGUCUCAAUAGCUGGGGCCGAGCGUUCUUGCUCGCUCGUCUCCACCCGUGCGCUGUAGUGUUAACCUGUGAGCAAGAGAGCAAAGAUGUUAGCUCAUGGGUCCAGUAAUCCAGUGGCUCCUCAGCCCUUCCUUCUCUGUGUACCUCUAACACUAUAAUACAGUGGUCAAGAGAAUACGGGGCAUAAAAAAAGCUUCUGGAUCGGAUCAAUGUGUCUAAUCAGAGCUGUAACAUGUAGAUGCUGUUCUCUUUGGUCACCCAAUUAGGAAAGACAGGAGUGGGGAGGUUUUUACAGGUCAACACAUAACCAAAACAUCAGGGGUUCCAAGGUGCCUUACUUACUAUUCCCUUUUUACUUGUAAAAAAAGGAAGACCGGAGGGUGUUUUGCUGUUCCUCUCCAUGUUUAAGAGCAAAGGUGGGCAGCUGGGGCCAAAUUCCAGCACAGUUUGCUGAUUUCUCUGCUCAAACAGACUCAUAAUAAACCUGACAAAUUAACAGAUUAUCUGAAUUAGGUUUGCUUAAGCAGGAAAAUCACUAAAUUGUGCAGGAAUCUGGCCAUACCAGGAGCAGAAUUGCCCACCCCUGGUUAAGAAUGUGUCCCUUGGAAUGAACUGAUUGUUGCAAACUCAUACAAUUGAAUCCAAGCCCCUAGAUAAUUGAGCCAGCAGGGGAUCAUAAGGGCUGACUAUCCACUGCUGUUUAGAAACAUCACUGUGCUUUUCGGAACCUUUGGAAACAUCUGUAGAUUGGGACUCUGUUAUCUUAGAACAGCAUUCUCUCUAUAUAUAUAUCAAUGGCACACAAAAACCCUAUCUCCAUUUUUGUGUUCAUCUGGCAAUUUUUAUGUUUCAUAAUAAAUUGAAGAAAGGUUUUUUCCUUCUCCUGUAAAGUUGUAAUUUUUGUGUUAGCAAGGUUUUUGUGUGGCACUGACUAUAUAUAUUAUAAAAAAAGUUAACACUGCUGCGUUUGUUUGACAUAAUCUGUCUUCUGCAUCUGUAUUGUGUCAUCGAUUAUAAUGAAAAAUAACUUUUUGUGUGCAUUUUCCUGUACUUGAAAAAAGAGCAAAAAUAUUUACAUAACAUGUUUACACCUGGUACUUCAUGCAUCUCGAAUAUCGGGAUUAUUUCUAGAUCAAGGCCAAACCACGUAGAAACACAAGUGUAAACACACCCAAAACAAAUUUAAAACACAGAAAUCUCAUGUGGUUUGAGAAGUAUUUAAAAAUACAAUCUGGUAGCAGUGUAAACACACCUGUCUCUUCCAAGGCUGUGUUCACAUUACAAGCCGCAAACAACAAUUCAGUUCAUUCAACAAUGUUUGCUCAGAUAGUGUUUGACUAUUCACAUUCAUGUCUUAUGCUCACAAAUUGAAAUCUCAUCUAGAACCAAAUUUCAAAGGUAAUGUGAAUUGCAGCCCAAUUGCAAACAAAGUUUCCCAUUUAAUCCCACGUAAUUGGAUUUCAAAGACACAUUUUGUAAAUGCAUGUGACUCAAAUCACAAUCCAGAUACUAAUCACAUAAAGACCCUGUUUACACCUGGUCAAUUCAUGUGUUGAAUAUCAGGAUUACGACUGCAAGACCAGGACACAUGAACAAUAUUUUUUGGACAUUAUAUUGUCCCAGAAAUUAUUGUGAUAAACAAUAUUAUGGUCAUCAAGACUAUUUUAUGUCAAGAAUGCAAUAAUAAUUAAAUAGCAGACUAAAGCAAUGACACCCUUUUAAAGCACACUAAAGAGUUUGAAUUAUUAGAAAUAUUUAGUUAUUGGAAUUGGAAUAUAAAAAUGUUUAUUACAUAAUGCAACUUGAAACAGUAAGCAACAUCAAAGUCAGCAAAAUUAUUGGGGUCAUGUUUAUAUAUCGUACAAUAAGUCGAGAAUGUAACAAUUAUAACUGGCCUAUCCAUAUUUGUUCCCACAUAUUUGACUACCAGGUGUAAAUGCAUGCAUCUUAAUUUUCAUUAGAAUACAAUCCAAAGUUUUUUUUGUGCCAAUGUGCUGGACCGGGAUUAAGCUUAGUUGUUCAAUUAAAUAUGGCUUGGAGUCGUUUAUGUGUGUUGUGCUCUUUUCUAAGUACAGGGAAAUGCAGUCAAAUCGCAGAGAACUCUAAACAGAGGUCCUUGAAUCCAGUUUCCAAACAUUGAAUAUGUAUUUCUUGGUAGGUAUGACUUGAUACAUAGCCAGUCCAGGACUAGAAACUGGAUUUAAGUUCCACAUAUCCUUCAGUAUAGAAGACUGCUCUAAAAAUGACAGUGUUGACACUGGUCUCCUGUAUAAGAUCAUGAUGCUGGUACUCCAGAACUGGGCUUAGAAAACACUUAAUGUAAAUGUGAUUCUGAACUAAUAAUCAAACCGGUGAUAUUCCCCAAACUUCCUACCUUACCAACAAGGGUAAUUCCAUUGCUUGCUGCUACUGUCGGGUUUGAUUAACCCCCUCCUACUUCUCCCCCCAUGACAUAUAUUUACACACACAUAUAUAUAUAUGGAGAUAUGUCAGUAAAUAAUUCUGCUAUACUGUGGAAGUAAAAGGCAAAAUACUAAAAGAUGAAUGCAGUCAUAUAGCAACAUUUAUAACGCUAACUUAUUACUUAUUGCUGUACUGAACUUGUUUGUUUUAUAUUCAAGCAGCUGUAGAUACUUUUUUAUGGUUGUUUCCUUCAGUGUAGAAUGUAUUGUUUAUUUUGUUUAUUUUUCGUGUGUAUUAUUUGUAUUAUUUAAUGUUCUGCACAAUUAUAAUUUUGCAUACAAGAUUUUUUUUUAAAGAUUAUUUUCCAAGAUCGCGAUCUGUGGUGUUUCCCGAAUGGCUUGAGAUUUUAUUUCUAAAAUUGGUGCGCCAUAACCUGUGGCGAUAAAGGCUAUGAAGUUUCCUGAUGUCGGAAAUUAAUGGAUGGCUUGUCCAGGCUGUGCUGAACUUCACCAUGUCACCCCUGUUCCUGUUGAACAAGUUGCAGAACUAAAAUUUGUUGUGAAAUCUGAUGGAAGUGGUGAUAAAUGUAUGUCCUCUCAGUGUAAUGCCUGUUACACUGCUCUAUAUAGUCAUAUCCACUGAACCAAAACCUGCUUUUUUGUGUUGCUUGUUUUCAUACAACCAUAAAAGAAGAGAAUUGUUCCACAUUAAUGCACUAAUUUUUGUUUGUUUGUUUUUUUUUGUUUCAUGUUUUAAAACCCAAAUGUAUGAUUGUGUGUGUAUGUAGUAUUGGCCUGUCUGAGAAUACAGGACUCUUAAGACGUCUUUUACCUGUUGGAUUUUUGUUUCUUUAAUUAAAGAAUGAUUA